GAGCGAAAUCUCUGCUACACACAAGCAUAUACACGUUUGACAUUUGUUAUUCUCUUAAUUUACAAAGUUUACGACCAAAAACUACACACUACCAGCGAAAACCAUCAACAAAGCCAACUGAAAACGCUGAUAUCACCAAACAAUUUCCUUUUUUCCACACCAUACAAUUUGAGUGAGUUAAUUUUUGUAUCGCGAAAAACGAUACGGUGGGACGCGCAAGAGUGAGGCAAUCAAUCUGAAAAUGGAGCAAUUGAAAUGCGGUGAAGUGUACCGCGAUUUAGAUGGAAAUUUUAAUUAUAUUUGCAGCUGUUGUUCGUUUGAAUUUUUAUCGGCUCCCGAUUUUGAAGAGCACAUCAUUGUGCAUGUGUUGAGUUCGCCAAAUUUGAAAGAAGAAAAAUUCAUUGAAAACGAUUCAAAUCCAAAUUAUUCCAUCGAAAUUGAACCAGUACUGAAUCAUCACGAGGAAAUCGAAGAGGAAGAAGAAGAAGAAGAAGAAGAAGAGGAGGAUGAAGAGGAUGAAGAAGAUGAUAUGGAUGAGGAUGGAACAUUUGAAGAGGCCGAAUUCAUCAUUGAAACGGAAUCAAGCGUUCAAGAUAUUCUAAAUGAAGUGACCGAUGAUUCCGUAUUCAAAUGCGAUUGCUGUGACAAAGUGUACGCGUGCCGUGGUUUGAGACAGCAACACCAUCAUAAUUACAGUGAUGAAAGCAAAGCAUGCAAACUUUGCCCAGCCUAUUACGAAAAAGAUUCGGAAUUGAAUGCUCAUAAGAAAGUGCACAAUUUAGCCAACACUCUCGAGUGUCCGCAUUGUUUAGAAUCGUUUGCAUCGGCCAAUAAAUUGAAGCGGCAUUUGACAUCGAGUAAAAUGGAAAUGGGCGUUCCACCGCCGAAACGUUCGCGUAAGUCAAUGCUCAAGAAAAGCGAUGAUUCGUCCGACCCAAUCGAUAUUGAUGAGACCAAGGAAGUGGUCAAAGAUGAAUUUGAAGUGGAGAUUGGUGACAAGAAACGGCAUAAAUUUGUGUGCAAAAUUUGCCAAAAAGAAUAUUCAUAUUUGCAUUAUCUGAAGAAACACUUGAAGCGCCAUUCGGACAACACGUUGAACCAUUCGUGCGAAAUUUGCGGUCAUGAAUUUAAAUUGCGACAAAAUCUAACCGCCCAUAUGCGUACUCACACAGGGGAAAAACCAUUUAAAUGCAGACUGUGCGGUAAGGCAUUCAAUCAACCGUAUUACAUGACCAUUCACAUGCGAAUCCAUCAGAAGGAAAAACCGUAUCAAUGCAAUUUGUGCGGUGUAUCAUUUGUUACGUCAAGCCACUUGGGCAGACACAUGAAAAGCCACAAUAAUAUUAAACCGCACAAAUGUACGAUUUGCGAUCGAGCAUUCAUUCUUCCCGGGCAUUUGCAGGAUCACAUACGAUCUCAGCACACGCACGAACGACCAUUCCACUGUGAUGUGUGCGGCAAUACGUUUUCACGACGGAAAUUAUUGCGUCAGCAUAAGCAAUUGCACGGUGAAAAGCGAUUCAAAUGCAAAUACUGUGAUCAAGUAUUUUCACAAUCGGCCGGUCGAAGAGGUCACGAGAUUCGUGUACAUAACGCUCCAAACAAACCGAACGUUAGCCUGGAUUGAUUCAAAAUUAACAUCACGAACAUCAUGCUGAGACAUUGACCAUCUACGCAAACGUCCGAACAUCUUCUCCCUAGAGAUAGGGAAAAAAAAACAACAAAUUAAAUUAACGACAUGAGUGUCUUUCAUAAUUUUUUUUCUAAGUGAUGACUUUUUUUUAUUUUUGGAAGAAAAGCAUAAUUUGUUGUCUUUGCGAUUGUAUUUCAAUUGUAUAUCAGUUCAGUUGAGUUCAUUUGUUUCGAAAAAUGAACAGUAGAGUAACAGCGACACGAAAGUGCGUCAUUCACAUUAACCUUUCGAGAGGGACAAUAUUUUCUGACAUUUCUCUAUGUAAGCAAAGUGAAACCAAUAAAAAGUCAAUGUUCAUUGCAAUGGAAUAGAAAACAAA